CCUCACCCGAAGCCCCGUCCACCACCCCAAAAUUUCCCCUUCCUUCGUUCCUUCCCGCUUGUGCGCUCGGCGAAAUGCUGCAAUGGCGCACCUGCCUCUUAAUCCUCCUUGCACUUCUUGGUUUCAUGAGUUCCCACCCACUCCUUAUCAUGUUCCCUCCUCCGGACCUCCUCUUCGCAGAGGUUUUCCUGAUGCUCGUCCUCGCCGCAGCCGGAGACAUGCUGCGGGCGCUGCGUCGCCGAUAGGCGGCGGAAGCGGCGGCGCGCGCCUCCGCUACAGGCCCUGGACGCCCACCAGCGGGUCCAGGGCAACCGGCUCGAUCCUCUACUGGGGAUGGUCGCCGUCUCCUCCUGCGGCUGCAUCAACACGCGCCGCAUCGACGACCUCCUCCGGCUCCUGCUCCCCUGCGUGGGCGAGCAAACCUCCGACCCCCGAAUCUCUUCGGCUUCCUCCCGCGCCCGCUCCGACGGCGCAGCCGCGGACGCGGAGGAGAACGAGCCCGAGGCGUCCGCGGGGAGGAGCACGCAGGUGCUGCUCGCCGCGGCAGCAAGUGGCGGGCGCGGCGGCCCCUACGGCCGCCGCCCGUCGUCCUCCCACGGAAGCUGCGCCCCCUGGAACGCUGCCCCCCUCAUCGCGCACCCCCCGGCGACCCCGUCGCCCGUAUGCUGCCCCAUCGUCGCGUCACGGCAGGUCCACAAGGCCACGCCAGCUAGAUUGAUGCGCCGAGCUCGCUCCUCACAUAAUUACCAUGGGAAGCGCAUGGAAGCAAUUGAUGCUGUCAAUGAAUGGAGAUUGCCUAAAGUAAGUGCAGAGGAAGAUGGGGCAGUGGAUCAGAAAGCCUGGCAGGAUGAUACCAUGUCAUGUCGUGUAUCCUCAGCUCGUGAUUGGAACUUCGGGUCUGAUAGUGUCUAUGAGGGCCCUGCGAUGAAACAUAAGGAAAAUGCUGUCCACGCCAAGUUGGUUGCCUGGAAGGAUGCACAGGUUUCAAAGCUCAUUGACAAAGCACUUAUGAUGUUACUUGAAUCAACUAGGCUGAAAGCCCAGAUCGAUGAAUGGCAGAAGAAUAAGUUUACAUGGGCCAGGGAUAAACUGGCAAAAACUGAGAAGAAGUUGGAGAAGCAGAGAACUGAAACCGUAGUGAAGAUGCAAAAGGCGAUAGAAGAUGCAGAGAGGAAAGAUGAUAUGAAGAGUCAAGAAGAGGCAGCCGCCAAGAGUAAGAUAGCUAGUUUCGAGAGAGCCCUUCAGGUGAUGUCUAGGGCAGGAAGGCAGGCCGAUUGUCAAAUACUAAUGAAGGGACCGUAUACUGUACAGAAUGGCGGUUGCCAUAUAGUACUAACCAAAGGAUGAUAGAAGUUUCAGGUCAUGGAACGCUUGGUCAGGAUUUUAACACACACUGUUGUAGUUCUCCCCAUUGGAGAACUUGUAAUACUACUCCCCAUUGGAGAAUUUGUAAUACUACUCCCAAGUAACCUGAUGUUGUUGGUACAGCUACCGAAAAGGACAGACAACAUUUUGUUUUCCUCAUUGACAGCAUUCAGGUCAUGCCAUACAUAGUCAGCAUUCCUUUUCUCCCCAUUGGACAACAUGUAUAUACUAGUACGCUCUUGUUGUGGACAAAUCAUUCUUUUUCUCCCAUUGGAGAACAUGUAUAUACAUUGGCUUAAUCCUAAUUGCAUCUCCUUUAUCUUUU